GCCGAGACGAGGCAGCAUUUACUGAGCACGCUCUAAAUGUCUUGGUCUGGAGGCAGAGCAGAAACAGGAUUUGGGAGACUGUUAUGCCAAGUGACUCACAGAACCCCUUGGUACCAAGCCACGGGCCACAGACGCCAUCCGGGAAAAAGCUGAAGCUGACACACCCAGCCCUGUCCUGCAAGUGGAAACAGGACCGUGAACUAUCUCUGGCAGCUGCCUACGUGCCAGUGGUGGUGGACCCCCAGGGGCAGAACCGGGACAAGCUCAGAUUCAACUUCUAUUCCUCCCAGUAUUCCAACUCUCUGAAUCCCUUCUACACCUUGCAGAAGCCUACCUGUGGCUACCUGUACUGCCGGGAAGCAGACCACACUCGCAAACAUUUCGACGUGCCUCCUGCUAAUGUCAUCUUAUGGCGCACCUAAGGCAGGGCUGGCUAGUAGCCCUCCGCACGGCACCUGCGUCCCUGAGACCCUCAGCCCCGGAAGGGAAGAGCUGUGGGCUCCAGGAGAAAUGGCACCUGCCUGGGCUGAAACAGCUGUGCCGUGGCUGCCUGCUGACAGUGGCAAAGGGAGGGCUUUGUAAGCAGCAAUUAAAAUGUGUUCUUCCCCCUAGCAUCUAAGUGAGUGCCUAUGGAUGGCAAAGCUGAGGCUGGGGGGCAUGUUGGACAG